UCGCCGCAUUUUACAGAUAACCAGCGUUUAUGUGUGAAUCAAAAAUGUAGGAUCACCAUCUUUCGAGGGAUCCUCAGGUCGCGUUUCAAUGACGCGUUGCGGCGUGAAGUGCGACGCUGAAAGUUCUGAGGAUGCCCCUGGAUGAGCCCUCUUGCACAGUGAUAAGUUGUUACCGGAGAUGGGAGAACUUCAGGCAUCCCUCGAAUUCUCUGUGGAAAUCGUCAAGUUCUUCAACAUCGACUUGUUUCAAAGAGGAUUUUACCAGAUCAGGUCAUACUGGAAGUCUUCAUCGAAAAUUCCUGCGAAAGUGGACUUGAGUUAUCCGAAAAAUCUCAACACAGGUCCACCGCUUGCCUAUCCAGCAUGUGUGUUCAAUGGCUCAGCUGCCAGCAAGACAUUUCAAGUUCUGUAUAGAAACGAGGAAAUUUAUUUGAACGACGUUUUCAUCUUCCGUGUGGAUCUCAUGGUUAAUCCUUUUAAAAUCAACGAUAUCUUGGAGAAAGCAGAAUUUCAAUUGAUCUUGGAGCUGUGGUUCUCGGAGCAGACGCUGGGCAAUCAACCGAGCAACAUUUCAUGUGUUUCAACUAGAACGCUCAACGUUCACUUCUCACCAGCUACUGGUGUUCAUUAUCAUCUUCCUGUCUGGUUUGACUACUUCCACUUGUCAGCAGUUUCCAUCACUGUACACGGAACGCUGCUCUCGAUCCACCAGGCGUCGUCGAGGUCUGCCAGCGCAUCGAAUUCAUGGCCGCAGACGGGAACGAUUUCUAUCGAAGAGGUUUUCUUCGGGUCUGUUCACACCCGUUGCUUGGAAUUCGGAUCGUCGAGGCUUACACACGCCUGUCGAAUUCACCGGGAAUUAUGUACGCUGCUCGUGACUGCGUACGAAGGCCUGGAACAAACCGUGAGAGCGUUUUCCGAAGCCAUUCCAAUAUCAAAUGAACUCAUGAGGGCGAAGCUGGGUCAUAUCAAAGCGAAGAUGAUGGGGAAUAUGGAUGAGGGGAAGACGAAGUUUUGUGAGAACGUGGCCAAGUUGGAAGCUCUUGCCAAACGUUCAUUCGAUUGUGAUGAUGAGGAUAAACUGCUGGCAAUGGCUGAAGGCGAUAUUGCUGUUCUUUGUGCGCAAAACAUCGUUUUUUGGCAGCAGCUAUUGGAGGCGGUGACCCAUUGUGAGCCUGUUCGGUCGAUCAUGGCGCAACAUCAUCACGAACAAAGGGUGAGUUCGCAUGGUGAAAGUUUGAUGUCGAAGUAUUUUAACUUGUUGCCGCGGUUGACGAUCGACUGUCAAGAGCUGGAUGGAGAUCCAUCCUUGCUGCCGAUAAUCUUCGAAGACCGAUAUCAGGACGUGAAGGAGUUCGCUAGGAGACGAAGCAUUCUGACGUUUACAAGUGGGGAUAGUGUGAAUGCGUUUGACGUAAAAGUUGGAAUGGAUGCAUUGUCACUGUCGAGGUCUCAGGUUGUUGAAGGGGCUUUAGGUUCCGAUUCCGGGUUUGGUUCUUCAACUGCAUCUCGGAUUUCGUCUGCGUCUUGGCGAGUUCGGAAAACGAGUGAGUGGGAUUCUCGGGAAGAAGCAGAGCGUCCGAAAGUGUCCAGUUGCCGUCACAGCGCCGUCUACCUUACGCAGAAAAGUGAGCUGCAUUAUGACUCAGUGCAGGUGGACAAGAAGCCCGUGACAGCCCGCAGUAUGAGCGAGAGUUUAGCGCGCGAUGUCAAUCCUCUUCCUCGUCGGAAUGUGUUGUCGGAGACCAUGUCGACCGGGUCUUCGUCUGUCGCCCGUUGGGCUGCCGAAUACAGCCGACCAUUUGACACCUUCCCCACGGCACCUUUACGUCAUCGGAAGAAAAAACCCACUUUGACAUCCGGUUCCGACAGCGAGAGAAUAUUUCCUACUGCUGCCCCGGAGGAGAAGAAUGUGGUUCCACCCCAGAGCGUUGUUUAUGACCCCGACCCCCCUCCUCAGCCCUUGGUAGUGGUUGACGAACGCAGUGCUGCUCUGAAACCGCCCAAGGUCCCAAGCCCGAUCACCAAAUGCUUCACAUUUCCGAAACCGAAGCAGAAUGGGAAAAAGAAGCCCUGCCCUAAGGCCGACUUUGAUGAUGUUUUCGUGGAACCCAUGGACGGGAAGCUAUCUCUGCGGAAACGCAAACUCAACAUUAUGGCGCAAAAUCGAGAGUUGCGCAAGCAGCAAAGUAUGUCUGUGAAGCGUUCCUCGUCGUCCGACACGAGCUCGGAGUCCGUCGUUCUCGUAGGAUACAAGAAGCUGGAAACGAGUGUAAGUUAUCCCUUCAACCUUUGUCUCGGAGUUCCCCCUGCAGUCUUGCCGAUGCCGACUUCGGAAACCGGUCUGAAACAUGCUCAGUUGAAACCGCUAAACGAGAAAUAUCGAAGGUGUUCGACAUCCGUCGUUGAAACGUCAGCAGCGAGAAUGACAUUCUCUGAAACUAGUCCUGUGAAAGUAGCGUCCGCUUUGUGCCCCAGUGAAUCUAUGCCAAAUUUGAGUGACUUGGCAGCGAUUCCGGUUCGUAAAGCCGCUUUCCUGUCGCUGAGUAACCUGUUCUUGCCCAACGGUGCGAAUUCAUUCUUGCCCAAGAAAGAAUACACCCCGAGCGUAAUGACGGAUGAUCCGUACGAAGUCAGUUCAACUUCAGAACAUUCAGGCUGGGUGUCCAAUAACUCUUCGUCAUCCACUGCGUCUGCUGCGAAUGCGGUAGAAACGUUAAAGAUGGAAGAUGGGAUUCGGCGUUCAUCGUCUACUCAGAUCUCACCGCCUCCUUCAAGCGAAAGUCCGAAAGAAGAGAAAAAGGUGGCAGCUGCCUCUGAUCCGUUGCCGCCGCCGUUUGAGUUCCAAGACAUGUUCAACUUGGAAGAAGGCGGAUCCGUGCGGGUGAAUGGCGGUGGCGGUGGCGCCGGCGGAUCGCAUGUGAUAGAAAACGAGAUCUUACCCAGUUUGCCUCCGAAGGAGUUUCGAGACCCGUUACCCGAGCUGAAGCGGAAUAGUGGCAGAAGUGUACAGGUCGGGUUGGAGGACGUGGAUGUUUUUGGAGGCUUCGGAGAUUCUGAUAAAAUCCCGCGUGGGAAGCUUAGAGGAACCUCCGAUGACGAUAGUAUUUACCACAUCUACGAAGCAGUGAACGAACUGCAACUCGCGAGAUUGGGUUCAAAAAAUCCGUCGUGGCCGAAAAACUUGGCAAAUUCGUGUCUGAAGCGGACGGCAGCUAGCACUCCUGCACUGUGUAAGCAGGCGGAAGCGGAAAAGGCGCCGACUGCUCGGAUUAUUCCUGAGGCGAAAACAACGUCUGGAAGUCCGGCGUCCGCGAGGGACACAGUGCCGAGAAUGCGACCAGGCGGCAAAAUGUCUGCAGCAAAAGCCAAGUCAGUGUGCGAAGAGUCUCUCGGCGCCGAAUGGACUGGAAAUGCCGUAGCUGUUGAAUUGAGGUCUGCGAAACGAAGGUGUUCCUGCUCAAGUGAUUCGCAAGUAUUGACUCAAGCUGGAUUGAUGUGCGAAUGCUGUGCUUCGCGACAGGCGUCGCGUGGCGCCGACCGCUCGUCAUCAAUAUCCGCCCCCGCCGCAAGUGGGGCACUCACCUCGGCAGCGUCGGCGCCGAAACUGCCGACUCGGCGAUCCCUCUGUACCUUCAAGGGCGGACCGGCGGGUUCUGUGAGCCCCGAGUUGAUGGCGUUUUUGAAGGCCAAAGAGGAGUUCCGGUGUCAAAUGAAACUCGCCCCGGGGGCGAUGCAUAGCGAUUACCCGACUUCGGCGUCGGCCACGUCGCUGCCGUAUUUCCACGUGAACGACGAGUACAGGGUGUUUCAUCCCGCCGGGCUGCACUUGUUCAUUUGCGUCCACGGGCUCGACGGCAACGCGGCCGACUUGCGUUUGGUUCGAGCGUAUCUCGAGAUGGGACUGUCGGGUUCUAAUUUGGAGUUCAUCAUGUCGGAAAGGAAUCAGGGAGACACGUUUUCCGAUUUUGAAGCGAUGACGGAUCGGUUGGUAGCUGAAAUUAUGUAUCACAUAGAAGCGUCGCAAAUGAAACCGUCGAAGAUCAGCUUCAUCGGACAUUCCUUGGGAACGGUUCUGAUACGGUCGGCGUUGACGCGGCCCCAAAUGAAGCCGUUAUUUCCAAAACUUCACACGUUUCUCUCGCUAUCUGGUCCUCAUCUUGGCACUCUGUACAACAGCAGCGGGCUGAUCAACAUGGGGCUGUGGUUCAUGCAAAAGUUCAAGAAAAGCGGGUCGUUGCUGCAGUUGUCGAUGAAAGACCACAGCGAUCCGAGGCAAACCUUUUUGUACAAGCUUGCCAGAGAAUCGCAGCUGCAUCAGUUCAAGAACAUUUUAUUGUGCGGGUCCAGUCAGGACAGAUACGUUCCCAUGCACUCUGCGAGAAUCGAACUGUGCAAGGCUGCAGCCAAGGAUGGCACAGUCAUGGGCGCAGCAAUGCGAGAAAUGGUGACUGGAAUCCUGCAGCCCAUCAUAGCCAAGCCGGACGUGACACUCGUGCGAUACGAUGUGCAUCACGCAUUGCCGGCUACUGCGAACGCGCUCAUUGGUCGAGCUGCGCACAUUGCGGUGCUUGACUCGGAGCUUUUUAUAGAGAAGUUUCUUAUCGUUUCUGCGUGGAAGUAUUUCGAAUAGCGGAGUUGUUUCGUUUUUGCACGGCGUGAAGUGGUCACGACUUGAAAACCCGAGAGCUUUCAAUCAUUGAGAUAUUUGUUGUUUUCCUCGACCAUUCCCGCGUUGGAUGGUGGCUUUUGAGUGGGGGAAACUAUGAACGCAAAGCGGGACUCGUUUGUUACUUGCGCGUGACGUUUGAAUAUGCCUACGAAUCUCUGCACUGUUGUUCUGCGGAGUACCAUUUACCUUGAAGGAAUUACCUCAGAUUACCAAUUGCAACAAAUGGACAAUACGAUUUACUGGUAGAAUUCUGUUAUGAGAACCAUUUUCAGUGCAAGAGAAAUUAAUGUUUUGAAGUUCUCGCAGAAGUUGGUUCGCGGAUGAAGCUAAGCUGAAGAGUAAAAUAUUAGUAGAACAAACCGAAAUUGUCCGACGUUCCAACUUUUUAGACUGAAGUAUUUUUUCCUGUACAUGCACGUAUUGCUCCAAAUAAUUUAAUUCUACAACCGCAAAAUAAGUGAAAGUCGAAAUGAGCUACUUGUUCAUGCUGGAAACGGACGGAAAAAGGGUUCCGACUUCUUGUCUGAGCACGUAGUUGUUGGACUGGGGAAAGUGCUGGAAGAGGUGAUAUGGCACAAUUUAGCUAGGCAACGAGUCCCCCAUCAGAAAAUCUUCGUUGUGAAAAUUCGAGUCAUUGUUGUCUUGAAAAUCCCAAUUCAAAGAAAUUUUCAGUGCUGCAGUGCAGAUUGUUCUCAAAGUUGGUGCAAGUUUGUCAUACCGGGAUUCUACUUGUAAAUUACUGAAUAAAGCACGCUUGAGUGCAUUUGACACCAGGAAGUAAAAGCGCAAGCAUACUAAGCAAAUACUGUUGUUAGAGGACUGAUUCAUGAUUCGUUUCUUAUCCUAAUCAAGAAACUGAUGAAGUCAACGAGAUGAUAUUUCGAUUAUACCCAAGACGGCGAAUUUUUUCUAGUCGUUCGAUGUGGUGCGAGUCAUUCCCGAAAUUUUUGACCGAGACUACUAGUUCUUAGGAAAUGUGAUAUGGACCUCAUAAAGGAGAAAAAGAGAGAAAAAAUUGAAAGCUACGGGAACAAUAGCUCAUGUUCAACCUCGAUGACAGUAUCUGUCAUCCUCGUUUUAGCGCUUUGAUACGAGAUCCUCUUUGUAUUCGAUUGAAAUACUGCUUUAAAACGAGUUCAUCUUUUUUGUGUUUUCGGCUCACGGAGGAAAGCAAUCCGAUUGUAUCUCGAUUUGAACAUGUCCUGUUUUGUUAGCCGUGCAAUCAAGUCCGUUUGAUCUGGAAAUAAAUGAGCAGUAUUCCUUCACAA